AACAUGGACUUUGAAGUGAGGAAAGAAACAGACACCAAUGAAUUAAGAAUUCUCAGUUGGCAGUACUAGACAGAAAACCAUAAUAAGCAGACAGACGCUAAAAUUUUCGGUACGUGUCCCUCUAGUACAAAUGAUUCAUCUUUCAAUUUUUCAUCAUUCAAGGUAACCCUCUUCUCUUCCCUCUAUAAACCCACCUUUUCUCCAUUUUGUUUCUCAUUUUCAGUAUAAAGUUUGUACCUUUACAAUCAAUAUUUGUUUUUCUUUUGACAUGGACAAGAGUAUUUAUACAUUCUUAACUAUACACCGUUGGGAGUCCCUUAAUCGUAUGAAUUAUAGAUUAGGUUCUCUUAGACCUGUUCAUGGAAUGUUAGCUUUGAAAUUCCUCAAUUGGGUCAUCAAACAACCUAAUUUGGAGUUGAAUCACUUGACUCAUAUCAUUUCCACUACCACCCAUAUACUUGUUAGAGCUAGAAUGUAUAGUUUUGCCAAAACAACAUUGAAACAUAUGUUGCAUAUGCCUAUUGGUUUCAACAAUGUUUUUAGUGCUUUGAUGGAGACAUACCCUUUUUGUCAUUCAAAUCCUGCUGUUUUUGACCUGCUCAUUAGGGUUUGUUUAAGGGAGAACAUGGUUGGAGAUGCUGUUCAGACUUUUCACUUAAUGGGUUCUCGAGGGUUCAACCCGUCUGUGUACACUUGUAACAUGGUGCUAGGUUCAUUGGUGAAGGAGAAGGACCAGAAAGUUGAUUUCUUUUGGUCAUUUUUCAAAGAAAUGCUUGCCAACGGGGUUUCUCCUAAUGUUGCCACUUUCAAUAUAUUGUUGAAUGCUUUGUGUGGACGUAGCAAGUUUAAAAGCGCUGCAUUUCUCUUGAGGAAAAUGGAAGAAACCGGUCAUUUUCCAACUGCGGUCACUUACAAUACUUUGCUUAAUUGGUAUUGUAAGAAAGGAAGGUAUAAGGAAGCUUCCGAGCUUAUUGACUCCAUGGUAUCUAAGGGUAUUUCGGCUGAUGUUUGUACAUAUAAUAUGUUGAUAGAUAGUUUGUGUAGAAAAGGUAGGAGUGCAAAAGGUUAUUUGAUAUUGAAAAGGAUGAGGAAGAGUAUGGUGUACCCUAAUGUGGUCACAUAUAAUACCCUUAUUAAUGGGUUUGUUAAGGAGGGGAAGAUUGGAGUUGCUACAAAAGUUUUUGAGGAGAUGUCGUCAUGUAACUUGUCACCAAACAAUAUUACUUACAAUACUUUGCUUUUCGGUUACUGUAGCAACGGCAACAUUGAGGAAGCCUUGAGACUUUUUGAUGUGAUGGUUUCACAUGGUUUGAGACCUGAUGAAGUGACAUAUGGGGCUCUUUUAAAUGGGAUAUCCAAGCAUGGUGAAUUUGGAUUGGUUUCCAGUAUUCUUGAGAGAAUGAGGAUGAAUGGUGUUGUAGUUAGUCAUAUUAGUUAUACAGCAAUGAUCGAUGGAUUGUGUAAGAACGGUCUGCUUGAAGAAGCUGUACAGUUGCUGGAGGAUAUGCUAAAAGUUUCUGUCAGUCCUGAUGUUGUUACAUUUUCGGCACUCAUUAAUGGAUUUCUUAAGGCGGGGAAGAUAAAUAACGCAAAGGAGAUAAUGUGUAAAAUGUACAAAGCGGGACUUGCGCCAAACAGCACUUUGUAUUCAACAUUGAUCUACAACUACUGCAAGAUGGGAAACCUAAACGAGGCGUUAAAUGCUUAUGCAGUUAUGAACCACAGUGGUCAUGUUUCAGAUCACUUUACAUGUAAUGUGUUGGUUGCCACUUUUUGUAGAUCCAAAAGACUUGAAGAAGCCGAGUAUUUUGUGGACCACAUGAGAAGGAUGGGUCUCGAUCCCGACUCUGUUACUUUUGAUUGCAUUAUAGAUAGUUAUGGAAAUUCUGGUGACGCAUUAAAAGCGUUCGCUAUGUUUGAUAAAAUGAAUAGUCUAGGCCAUUUACCAAGUCAGUCCACGUAUGAGGGUCUAUUGAAGGGACUUCUUAUUGGCGGACAUAUUAACGAAGCCAAAAUAUAUCUGCGUGGACUUAGUAACAUUCCUUAUGCCAUUGGUAAUCUUUUCUACAACACGAUGCUUACUUUGACAUCAAGAUCAGGAAAUUUAUCGGAUGCAGUUACCCUUCUGGAUGAGAUGGUUAUGAAUAAUUUUGUGCCUGACAGCUUUACGUACACCAGUCUUAUUGCAGGACUAUGCAGGAAGGGUAAAAUGGUCCCUGCACUUCUUUUGUCAGGAAGGGCAAUUGAAAAAGGAUUAUUAUCUCCAAACCAUGCAAUGUACACUAGUUUAGUUGAUGGUCUUCUUAAGGAAGGACAUUCAAAAGUUGCUUUAUAUAUUUUUGAAGAUAUGUUGAACAAAGGUGUUCUCCCUGAUACUAUUGCAUUCAAUGUUCUCUUGGAUCGAUACUCACGGAAGGGAGAAAUGUCGAAGGUAAAUGAUGUCCUUUCAACAAUGAGGAGUAGAAGUUUAAGCUUCAACUUGGCUACUUACAACAUUCUCUUGCAUGGAUAUUCAAAGAGGCAUGACAUGGCAAGAUGUUCUCAGUUAUACAAUAAGAUGAUCAGGCAUGGUUGUGCGCCUGAUAGGUUAACAUGGCAUUCUCUUAUUCUUGGAUUUUCGAAAUCUGGAUCAUUAGAUGUCGCUGUAAAACUUCUAAGAAAGAUAACAGUUGAAGGUAUCAAAGCUGAUUGUUUUACAUUAAACAUGCUUGUUAGUAGGUUCUGUGAACGGAAUGAGAUAAAAACGGCUUUCGAUCUGGUAAAACGAAUGAGUAUGUUAGGAGUUACUCCUAAUGUUGAUACAUACAAUGCCCUUUUUAAUGGAUUUAUUAGAAUUUGUGCUUUUGAUGAAGCUCAUUGUAUUUUGCAUGCCUUGUUGGAAAAUAGUUAUGCUCCUACAUGUAAACAAUUUACCUCGUUAAUUAAGGGCAUGUGUAGAAUGGGAAAUAUAAAAGGAGCAAUGGAGCUGACACAUGAAAUGGAAACACUCGGGGUCGGCUCCCAAGGUGUUGCUAUGAGCGCUAUUAUUAGAGGGCUUGCACGUUCAAGGAAAACUGACAAUGCUGUUAACGUUCUUGAUAUCAUGCUUGAGAUGCGAAUCAUUCCAACUGUUGCUACUUUCACGACAUUAAUGCACACCUAUUUCAAAGAAGCUAAUGUUGCCAAGGCAUUGGAAUUGAGGAGUGUAAUGGAACAGUGUCAUGUGAAGCUUGAUGUUGCUGCAUACAACGUUCUUAUAUCUGGCCUUUGUGCCAAUGGUGAUGUUCAAGCUGCUUUUAAACUUUAUGAAGAGAUGAAACUAAGAGAUCUCUGGCCUAAUACUUCUAUAUACAUAGUUCUUAUUGAUUCAUUUUGUGCCGGAAAUUAUCACGUUGAAAGCGAAGAGCUAUUGAGGGAUUUACAGACCAGGGAAUUGAUGUCUUUAGAUUUGUGUGGAGGCACUGAAAGACUGAAAGAACUGUUGAUGAUUGCAAGGAAAGAAUUAAUUCGUGCGAGGUACAAAACAAGAAGAAAAUACGGAAGAACACCGGUCGUAUCUCCAGAGGGAAACUAGAUGCGACAAAUACUACAUCAAAUUGAAAAAGGAGACACAAAACCGAUGGUGUGACGUGACAUACUCUAACCUGCCCUGGUUCUGAAAAUUUCAAAUAAGGGUGCAAAUCUGGGAGCUAGCAAACAAGUUACUGUGGCACGGAGUGGUGAAUCCUAGUCAUCAGAUUUAUGUCCUAGAUCUAAUGUAUGUGCAUGGAUUCUGAAAAUAAUUCAUCUCAGUUCUCAAAUGGUAAGGGUUGGUUUGCAAGAACAAAUAGGGUGAAGUUGCGUAACCUUCUUGCAGCAGCCGAAAGUGCGGAUAUUUUGAAAGUCCCUCAGUUGAAGGUGAUUGAAGAAUAGUAAAUGUGUGUUUUGGUCAUACUAUCCAGGGCAUCAAGAUAAAUCAGAUUUCAACUAUUUAUUUUCCAUUUUUCAGGCACAUGAUUACGUUUUCAAAGGCAUUGGCUAAUAUGCAUAAGGAUUUUCCUUAUGCACCAUGCAUAAGUCAAUCUAAGCCAUUGGAUCAUGUUUUUAAUACCAAUAUUGAGUAUUGAGUAAUGAGUAUUGAGUGGUGAGUAUUGAGUUUUGAGUAGUGAGUGUUGAGUAUUGAGUAAUAACAAUUGAUCUUUAGAAUUUGAUCUAAUGAUCAAGGGUCCAUAAUAAUCUAUGCACGGUGCAUAGAUUUUUAUCUAUGCACGGUAACUGCACCCGUUUUCAAAGGAGCAAAAUGCACGACCGGUCUUGUUGUUCAACUUUGAGUAUAUCAGGUUCUGUCAAGAAAAGUCAUUGAUGCAAUUAUUGGUUUGCAGGAGAUGUUGAGAAAAUGCACUUCACUUGUUUAGUAGACAUAGGAGAGAUUCAAGUUCAUGGAUUAAUGGUGAGGCAUAAAUCAUGCUUCUACUACCUGCCUGAUUCCUUUCCUAUAAACAAUAUUUUCCCAAGGAUGAGAAAAAUACGGUUUCUUCAUGUCGAAGUAAGGCCUUUAAAAUGUUUGCAAGUUCCAUGUUUAUCCCGUGAUGCGGCCAUUGUUUUAAAACAAUGGGACUUAACGACUUAUAACUGUGAAAAUAAAACAAGAUAGAUGCAACAGUGAAGAAAAGAGAGAAUUUUCUACUACUUUUCCUUCCAAUUUUAUGUAGCACUUUUUUGUUUUCAUGUGAAACCCUAAAUCCAUUGUUCUUUAUGUUUUGUUAUAAUGAUUAUUCUUCAAUUAGGAAGUAUGCUUUACAUUGAGCCAUUUGAGCUUCCUGUGUAUCCUAUAACCAGUGGCACAAUAAUGAACCCUGUACCAUUAAAUUUCGCUGACACAAUGAUGUCUACUAAUGGCUCCUAUUCUUCUCAGGAUAUGAUAAUAUAUAGGCAAGAUAGAUCUUGUGAGCCUGCUGCUCUUAUGGCUGUUAACCCUAAUUCAAAGUCUGUUUCACAGUCAAAUGUCAAUGACUGCACUAAGGAAUCCAAUCAUUUGAAUUUAAACUCAGAGGCAUUCAGGAGGAUUAUUUCUUAUCAGAUGUCGGGAGGAGAAUGUUUUUGGCUUUAUGAGGAUAAAAAGGGUAUGAAACGUGGGCCGCAUUCCAUUUCAGAAUUGAUUUCCUGGCUCCACCAUGGAACCAUAUGUGGAUCAGAUUCCAAAAGCAAUGGAGUCGGUGACGUGAUGAACUUAAACUGUGAAAUAUCUGAAGACCUUUCUUGCCAAUAACAGGAAAAACAACUCUUAAUCGAAUCGCAAUCGAAGUCCAUCAAGCUAAAACCAGGCAAAGAUUCUAGUAACAGCUCUAUUGUUCGGAGAUAUCCACGGGUAUGCUGAGAAUGCUUCAGAGCAUGCACACUGCACACUGAUGAUAUGAGACAGAAAACCAGAACAAAAAAAAACUAGACCAGGAGUAGCUAUCCUCCAUUAAAGCAUAACAGCGGAUCUCAACCAGUCUUUGAAGGCUCAACUAUGAUUUUGUAUAUACUUUGAAAUGAACCAUGUCCCCGCAAUUGUUUUGAUGACCUGCACUACUUUUUACUUCCUCGCUUAUGAAGAUCUUUGAGUUUCUUGUGUUCCAAAUACACCAAACCGUGACCAAUCAGAUUAAUGAUUUUGAUUUUUUGUGGUUCUAUCCAUUGAAAUUUCUAGCGAAACUGGUAAGAUGAUCUUCAUCGUUGAUGCACGGGAUUUCUCCUGACUUCGACCACUAUUUUUAGUGAAGUGACAUUGAAAAAAUAGAUGUUGGAUGAUUUCCGGGGUAGAACAAAAAACGCAACUAUAAUCCAGUUUCUCUCAAAACCCAUUCUGCUCAUCAUAUAAAUAACAAACAAAAUGCAACUAUAAUCCAGUUUCUCUCAAAACCCAUUCUGCUCAUCAUAUAAAUCAAAUAAUCUCAAUCCACGCAAUCGCAAACUUUUUCAUAUCGACUUUAAAGAGUAGACACUUAUCCUUUCUCCGCUUUGCCAAGUCUGCGAUUUCAUUUUUCAAUAUCGACUUUAAAGAGUAGACACUUAUCCUUUCUCCGCUUUGCCAAGUCUGUGAUUUCAUUUUGUUCUACCACACCAUGCUUGUUUCUGUAGCAUCUUGCAUUUCUUCCUACAUUUUAUAGGCUCUCUCAAAGGUUUUACUCCACUACUAUUUCGUUUUGUUUCUGAUUUAAUUUGCGCAUGUACAUUCAAUAUGAGAAAAUAACCAUUAAA